GGGAAAGUCUGGGGUAAGGUUUUCCCAUAACGUUCUAUUACAAUAUGACCCCUUCGUUUCCACGUUCUCUCUUUCUUUCAAUGCUACUAGGAUAGUCCUGCAUCCUCGAUGCUGCCAGUACCUUUUCGAAUACCAGCAAGCUCACCUUUCCGUCAAGCAUACAAGAGCAUCUUGGGGAAAGGACCCAGAGUACUACCCUGCACACGACAAUCUCGCCACUUCAUCGCCGUUAUGCCAGCAAGAGAAUCAAAUAAUACACCGCCCAAGGUCGAUUUUGGUUUUGAGCUGUCGCCAAUGCCGACGAAUCCACUAGGAGAGGGAAAGUGCAUUCGUACGGCGGCGGCGCUCAUCAUUGGAGACGAGAUCCUAAAUGGCAAGACACUCGAGGCAAACUCGCACUUUUUUGCAAAGUACUGCUUUGAGCAUGGCAUUGAGCUGAAACGUAUAGAGGUCAUCGCAGACGACGAGGCUGAAAUCAUCGAAGCAAGCCAACGAAUGGUGAAAAAUUACGACUUUGUGGUCACCUCCGGGGGCAUCGGACCAACUCACGACGACAUCACCUAUGCGUCACUUGCGAAGGCAUUUGGACAAGGCCUAGCUCACCACACGGAGACGCUGCGACGAUUGGACGAAAUGAACAAGCACCGACCAUGGAUAUCAUCGCAGACGAAAUUGCAGAGAGAAGCUACGCAACGAAUGGCCCUAUUUCCCGAGCGCGCAGAAGUGAUCUUUGUAGGGAGCGAUAUAUGGGUGCCUGUCGUCCGCCUCGAAGGCAAAUUAUGCAUAUUCCCAGGGAUACCUAAGCUGUUCCAAAUCAUGCUCACUCAACUUACCCAGUUUUUACCCCUGCCUCCGCCAAGCGAACGGCCUCUCAGGAUCCAGAUUUUCACAGACCGGCCAGAAUCAAUGAUAGCUCCAUAUCUGACCACCCUUCAAGCACGACUGAAAUCUUGUGGUAUCCGAGUGGGCUCAUAUCCCGUCUUGGGCAUCGGUGUGUUCGUCAGUCUCAUUGGACGGCCCGUGUUUAACAGCCCCGAAUGCAUUACCAAUGUGGUGAAGGAAGUAGAGAGGGAGAUUGGCGGCAAGAUAUACAAUGAGAAGCAGGUAGCAGAGAAGAAGAAGGAGGGCGCUAUUUCCCCUCUGGUGGGUUCUAGGGCGGUGACCGCGACCAACUUUACUUGCACGACAUCCCCCAUAAAGGCCAAGAUUUAACGACUUUUUGCUCUGUACCACUAAGAUAUCUGUCCUUGUACUUUUUUGUACUUUAUAAUUCUCCAGGCCCUGUAUUAGACUCCUUGUAUCGUUGGUACGGAAUUAUUACAUCUUCAUCUUGUUCUGCA